CGGUGUCUACCUGAGCAGCAACGCAUCAGGUUGAUCUCAAUUUUCACCCACUGGUGUACCCCAUGCUUUCUUGAAUAUCGUGUCCAAUCUGCCAUUGAACUUGUGCAUAGCAUUUAAAUUGCGCUCCGCGAUCUCUCGUUCCGUAGCGGAUACAUCUUUGGUUCGUUCUUCGUAUCAUCUUCGACGUACUCGGGAUGUUUGACACCUGCAAUUUCGGGAAGGAAGACGUGGAAGGAGGCUUCGUGCCGCUUCUCGCGAUAUUUACUGCCGGUCUCUGCUCCUUCUGGCUUGGACUUCGACCACAGACCGCAGUUGUGGAACGUGUACGUCCAACCUUUGGCGAACUUUGAUCUGUCGACUCGCGCUAUUACUGUCAGCCUUUACAUUGACGUUGUAUGACGUUUAUGGACACCCUUACAAGUCCUAUUGAACGUUAUGGUUGUCGCCUUCAGUAGAGUCUGCAUCUUCUUUGAGCGUGAAUGGUAAGUCACCUUGAUACCUGCAAUACAUAGUUGACAGUAUCUGUUGUUGUGUCUGCAA